AACGGGCCCCUUUCAGCUGCUACAUAAAAUUUGACAUGUUGCCCAAACUAGGCAAGGCCAUUGUCAAACCAAGAAACUUUCAGUUAAAGACCUUGAUUCAAGGCACCUUAAUUAAUCGAGCAGCUCCUCUGACUCCUUCUUUAGCUACUCGUGCAAUUUCAAUUGGAACAACCACAAUCUUACAAAAAGAUGAAACAGUUACGAAAAUUACCAAAUCGACUGUCGCUAAACCUGCCAUGACUGAAUCUUCUGUUUUCGAGCGUUUGGCAGACUUUAAAAGCACUGGCAACUUAAAAAGCGCAAUCAAGACUGUUCAGAAUGCUAAAGAUUCUGGCAUCGCCACACCUGCCAUUUACAUUUGUUUAGUGGAUAUGCUUCGAGAUUUACCUUUUGAUAUGGACAGUUGUGCAACUGUUGCUAACUGGUUCUAUUCCGAAAAUACAAAGUUGCCUUUGGAAGUAUUGGAAAACAUGGAUGUUUGGAAGAGUGUAUUGAAGAUGGGAUUUAGAUUUGGUGCUACAUACCGUGCUGAAGAUUUACGUGCUCUUGUUGAUAAAUUUACAGAAAUUUUCGACUUGACAACAUUAAAUGAUCAAACUGCUUGGGAAUUACUUAUGAGAGCCUAUGGUAUGAUGCACAGAUCAGACGCUAUUACCGCUUGUUUGGUUAAAAACGACAAUCCAGCACAAAAAAGACAAUUUUAUGCAAGCGCUGUCAUUUCUUACGCUUCAUCUGCGUCGAACGAUAAAGUGGAAGAGAUGUUGGAAAAGUUAAAAGGAGAGAAUUUACUCACUCGUCAUAUCCUUCUCAAGUUGAUUCGUUGUUACGGUUUCCAAGGCGACAUCUCUCAGACCUCAAAAUAUGUUGAUAUGUGUAACCAAUUAUAUCCCGACAGUGCAUCAGAUAAGACUAUGUUGCUUAUCGCUCAUAAAGCAGCAUUAGAAAAAAUGUGUAACCAACUGGAAGCUACUCGUGGUGUUCAUGGACUUGAUUUAAAGCCAACAGAUUCAACUCAGUUAGAUGAAUUACAUCAAUCUUGGUCUCAAUUGACCAAGGAUAUGUUUGUUGGAGAGAAGCCUGUUGAUAUUACAGACUGUAAUGUUGUAUUGGAGUAUCUCGCCAUCGCUAAUCGCAUCGAUCCCGUUCAAUUCCCAAUGGAAAAAGCUGAAUCAAUCUUCGAAACAUAUAUGCCAGCUCACAAUAUUAAACCCAACGAAGUUAGUCAUCGUGUCAUGAUGGUGGGAUAUGCCAAAUCAAGGGAGUACAAUUCCGAAGGCAAUGUCAGAUUAGACAAGACGUUAGAGGUUGUAUCCAAGAUGCAAGUUGCAGGUAUCAACACAUUAGAUCAUGCCACCUUCCAUGCCUUAUUCCGUGCCUGUAUUCCUCAUCGCGAUGGUCAUUACUACUACGACAAUUACAGAUUAAACUCUCUUUUGCCCAUUAGAUCACCUAAACAUAAUCAAUUCAAAUUGGACCCUCGUGUAUUUGAAAUCGAAAAGAUCAUGCUUGAAGCGCAUAUACCUCAUGACAGAUAUACUUUCUCAACAUUGAUCACAUGUUUAGCUGCCGGAGGCAAGAAUCAAGCAUUCCGUAGUCGUUGGAGAACCCUCAAAGUUCAUGGUCUGAAGCGUGAUGUUGGUAUCUAUCGCACAAUGUUUGCAUUAUCAUCAUUAGAACCUACACAAGCAAAGAGAGCUAUGACAGUUGUGAAGAGUGAGAUGGAUAGAGAAAUUGCCCAACAUAGAUUAAACUGGGAUACUUACACAGCUAUGCUGGAUUGUUGCGUCACAGCACAAUUACCCGAAAAAGCCAAAGAGGUUAUGGAAGAAAUGAAAAAAGAAGUGCGAUACGUUCAUAAGGAGAAACACCAUGCGGACGAUCUUGCUAAAUGGCCCUAUCUUGAUUCACCCGACUAUUAUCUCCCUAUGGUUCGUGCAUCCGUUGCCAUCGAGGGCUUAAAUACUACUGCAGACAAACUUUUGACCGAAAUGGAUAGCAAGAAUGUUGUUUAUAGUCAAGGUAUUUGGGAAGCGAAACUAUCUAAAUUGGCACUGGAAGGUGAUAGAGAAGGCAUUCAACAAUUAUUCAAUAAGUACACAAUGUCCAGAUUUGAAAACCAAGGCAAUAUCCCUGUUCCAGUUAGAGAAAAGGCUUCGCCUAUAAUUCCAUUCCCUACUGCUCCUUAUACAAGAUUGGACAUGGAAUUCAUCGACGUUUACAUUUCUACUUUAUUGGAUAACCAAAACGUGUCACUUGUGUUUGAUGUAUUGCGUACACUGAAUGAACAAACCGACAAAAUCAGCGUGUCUCACAAAACAUUAAGAGGGAUUAUUCUUUUAGCCCAACAAGAAAAAUCAAAGGGCGAGUUACAAUGGCUGUCGGAAAAUGUAUUACCAAAAAUCACAACGCAAAACAAGAACCUCAGAUUGUUAAAAAAGAAAAUAGACCACCUUGUUUAAAUAAAAUAAAAAUAAAAAUGCUGCAUCUUUUAACGU